CAAUCGCAGAGCUUUGGCGCAGACCCAAGAAGGCCUCUACGCCCGCUACGGGCGCCAUUCCAGCGCGCGAGACUGCCACGACCACCGCACGUGCGCCAUUUUUACGCACGAGUUUGCUACGACCGACGAACGUGCGCCAUUUCUGCGCACGAGUCUGCCAUGACCGCUGCGUGUGCACCGCUCAGCCAACAACGAAUAGCCGACAAACAGGCAUCUUUGAAUCCGGAAGUCUCAGCCGACACGUCUCAGCCGAUGUGUCAGCCUACGUCUCAGCAGCCGGCAUCUCAGACGGGACGUCAUCUGCUCAGCAUUCAGUAGGACUGUACUACGAGUCUGCCGUCCGUAGAAAAACAAGGAAGUCGAAUCUCCAUCAACAGUUAACUCGGACGCAACAUUAGUGAAGAACGUCGCAGACGGUAGAGAGAAAAGACGUGGACCAGCACGAAAACUAGGAUUAGCAGACACAACAAAAGACAAGGUCCUCCUUCUAAUCCCGACCCAGACCAAAAGAGUGAGAAAAUAAAAUAAAAAAAUUGUAAUUAAUAUUAACUUUUGACGGCCUCCGUGGCGCAGUGGUAUGCGCGGUGGAUUUACAAGACGGAGGUCCUGGGUUCGAUCCCGAUCGAUGUAAAUGUAGAAAGAAUAAAUAACAGUUUUUAACCAAUUUCAAAAAAGGAAGUGGUAACUCACUUAUGUAAUAAAUGUUAAAAUAUUAAAUAAUUAAGUUAACAAAAUUGA